AUGUCCCAACUCCGGCAUUUCUCGUUAUAUAAUGGAGUCUCCGAGCGAUCAAGAGGUUGGAAGCAGAAGAGAUCAGAAAAGAUCACAGAGGAGCACCCGCGGAGUCUGGGCACAAUGCGAUGGGACGGCGCGGCGAGGUCCAGUUCAAGAUGGGAUUGUUUAAGAAGGGAUCCUGAAUUGUGGAAUCGUGAUGGUGACUGCUAUGUACAUUUGUACGGGCGUGGCCAGUCUCGAAGAGGACCAGCCUUCAAAGUCUCGUUCUCGGCGCUUCUAGAGGCAAACUGUUACCCUUUACUGGACAGAUUCACCACCAACGAAGUCUCGGAAAUAGCUUCGUCUUCUGAAACCGCCCCAGACCAUGCGCAUUAUGCCCGAAUGAGUAAUCAGCCACGAAUCGAGCUUUAUAUCCCAGCGCCUCCUGGGUCGGACAAGCAGCAAGCAUAUAAGUAUCAUCUCAAAACUAGAAAUUUCUUUGCCUUUGUAUUCCGGAGGUCGCUAGUCGGGGAGUACCUUGGCGAAGCACUUGAAAAUCUACGCCAAAGCGUGCAAGAGUUUCGCGCAGCCGACGCAGACAACAUGGCGGAUCUGAUGGGAUACAUGGACGAAGAGGGAUAUCUGGAUAUGAAAAAUCAGCCAACUCACGCAUUAGCGGUUAUUCGUUUUGCAGAGGCUUUUCAAAUACAUGAUCUUUACGUCGAGGCCUUUGCGCAUUGCUGUGGUAUGAGCAACCGGCUCUUUUUAAGCCCAGAAUAUCAGCUGAUAUCUUCUGUCACACGAAAGCUUUUGCGACAAGCACUCCUCGAGACGGAUGUGAAACUCGGGCAGAUAUGUAAGAUGUUGAGUACGUUUUUGCAGGAUGAGCUUUCGGAAGCUUAUCUAGGCCUUCACUCUGGCGGACGAGCCCAUCUGGAGCGAUUUAGAACCUUGUUACACGGUUUCUACGCUGCCAAAUUCGGUUACUAUCCUCCACCAUCCAUCCAUCCAAGUACCACCAUCUUCGAAGUGGAUAUACUCCGAGAACUUCGAGAUGACUUCGAAGCUCUCUACCAGUAUUUAGUUGACGAGACCUUCGACCCUUCACAGGGAGUGCUACCCUCGGCCCAGGGCGGUAUCUGUGCGUUGCAAAGCGUUCAAGCUUUUGAUGCGAGAAGCAAGUUCAUGAAUCUUAGCCAUCCAUUCCCACUACUUCCAAAUGUCCGUUCGCAAAGUUCUUUAAAAAGAAUGACAUGGUUUGGCAAACAUUCUAAACUCUCGACAACUCAAAAGACUGAGCACCACGUUGCUCUACUUCGAGCGACUAACGAGAUUAACAUCGAGCUUCUCGACAACGAUCUUGUGAGGGCAUACAGGAGAUUUGAGGAAGACUCUAUUUAUUCACCAAUAAAAGGAGACAAGCAAGAACAGCUCAACCUCAUCGAUGCACGGAAGGUUAGGUGGAUCCUCGUCUACGCAAUGUACCAAACGCUGAGGCAGGUGACUCAAGUGCCUAUUGAAGUUAAAGAUUCUGCGGGGGCCCCUUACAACCUUUGCAUUUCCACUACGAAUAUUCCUCCUUGGAAGGAAGAUGCAUUAAUGCCUUUAUCUGUCAGCAAACAAUUGGAUCGAGUGCCACGGAAUUUUUCUAUUUCGACGGAUGGUCAGAGAACCGACUCAGAACCCCAAAGAACAAUCAUUCCUACAAGUUUCGAUAUCAAACCUGAUAUCGACUACCUUGGAUUGCUACAAAAAGAUGAGUCCGUCAACAUUGAAGGCAGCGCCCCUUCACCAAUCGUUCCAGUAAGCCCGGCUCGACGCGCGAGCAUAAAAAAGGGUCUAUCGAGGCAUCGUACAUUCCGGCGCUCUUUACGGCUGUUUAGCAAUCAUGAAAUUGCAAACCCUCCCUCGCCAGUCAAAAGGCAGUCGCAACAAUAUCAUGAGAUCGUUGUUCUCGGUUAUGGAAAUGGAACCCAUGAUGUUGAAUUUAACUUAACCGACGACGAAAAUGGCAUUGCUCUUACGGUUUCAGAGAUUAAGAACUCAUCAACAGCAUCGCGCUCGGCGUCAACCGCCUCUUCAAUGAGCGACUCGACAAGCGGCAGCGCAUCCGAAAAUGGAAGCGCCUUGACUUUGGAUACAUCUCUAUCUGACUCAAUGGCCAACAGUCCGUCAAAACCGACAAAAGCUGAUCCAUGGGAAUCCCUUCGCAGCAACAGCCUCCGUGUCCGUGGCCAAAACACUGAAUACUCGACUAAAAGAGCUAUGUCGAUGUGCUCUGGAUCAAGACCUCCGGCUCUAUUGUUCUCCACCGAGAAGCCCAACGAUAUCUGUACGAAAUCGAUCAAACCCCAGAGAUCACGGAGUCUUCUGGAUCGCUAUCGUAAAUCCUUGGAGCCUGCGCCCCUUAAGGUUCGCAGAAUGCCAUCGGUAAAUUUUGAGGAUGACGACCACAAUCUGUCCAAUGGGUCUGAUACAAUUAAUGAGAAUAUCUGGGAAGAUGUCGACAUGUUCAUUCAGUCCCCUGCCAAGAGUCUUCAAACGGACGUCAACUGGGACCAUUACAAUGACCUUGGUGGCUUGACAGACUUUAGCAAAAUACACCCUAAGAGGGCGAGCACUAUGUUUUGA